AUGCUCGAUAGAUUCUUUGGUAGAAGGCGUGUCCAGCCUUCCAAGGUGAAUACAGAUGAGGUCUCGCCAGUUUAUCCACAAGACGGGGCGCCGAAUUUACCCAAUGUGACCAUGAUUGUCACAUUCCGCUUUCACGACGUGCUCGAGCCGGAGAAGUUACAUGGCUCGCUCUGUCGUCUGGUGGAAACAGGUGGCUGGCGACGGAUCGGAGGACGGCUGAGGAAAGAUGCCAAGGGAAAGCUGGAGCUUCACAUUCCGCGACCCUUUACUGCCGAGCGACAGGCUGCCGGCAUGACACACACGUCCUUCGACACAUGCAUCGACGACCACCCGCUGGCGCGCCAGCUCCCGCGCCCGACUCCUGGCCAAUUCUCGAUGCAGCCGGCUCCUAACCAAUUCCUACCGCUGGCUUUCGGCGAUACUGGGCCCAAGGUGCUGGAAGAUUGGCUUUCGACUGAUGCGCCGCAGGUCUGGAUUCACAUUGUUUCCUUUCGAGACGCAACGCUCGUAACUUUGAGAUGGUUGCACUUGACGUCAGAUGCAAUGGGCAUCUCGCACCUCGUGAGUGCUUGGAGCCAGGUCUUGGCCGGGAAAGAGGACGAGAUCCCGCCAAUGCUAUCGCUGGAGCACGACCCAGUAGGCGACAUUGUGCGUGGGGGAAGGCCGGGCAAGGAUGGCGGGACAGUGCCAGAGGAGAGGCUGGCUCUGGCUGACAAGCGGGUAACAGGCGUGAAGCUAUUCCUCUUCAUCGUCCGUUUUCUUGUAGACCUGUUGCUCUAUCCUAGAGCAAAGCAGCAGAUGAUGUUUUUGCCGAGGGCUGUGGUACAGAAGCUCAAGAGCCGAGCCCUAUCCGAACUCGAGGAAGACUGUUCCUCGAAUAUCGGCCCGGCGGCGGAGACUGUUCUGGACAGGAAAACGGGGAAGCCCUUCCUCAGCACCGGAGACGUCACGGCGGCUUGGCUCGCACAAGUGGCGGCUCAGUCCAUACCGCCGACCUCUCGUCGUACUCACUGCAUUGUGAGCGCCAUGGACCUCCGCGAGCGUGUACCGUCUGUGGUCGACAUAGAAAAGGGAGUCUAUGUUCAAAACUUUGCCUCUACGGUCUGGACGAUGUUGCCAAGCCAGGUGGUCCAUCCUCACACCCCCAGGAGCGCAUCCCUCGGGAAGUUGGCGGGCAGGCUUCGCUGGGACGUGGCACAGCAAUCUACAGAGCCACAGAUUCGGGCGGCGAUCCGCAUGGAGUGCCAGAAUCUAGAGGCGACCGGCCAGCGGCUAUUGUUUGGCGACCCAAGCAACUUCCUGACCGUCUUCACCAACUGGACCAGGACGCGCUUCGACGAGGUCGCCGACUUCAGCCCGGCGGUGGUCCUCCCUGCCGGUGCCAAGCCAGACUGGCCUACAGAGACACUUCCGGGCCGGGCGGUCUACUUCCACGGGUCGGCGGUUAUCGCUGGUGAGGAUACUCAAAGCCUCCUCGGGAUAUAUGAGAACUCCACUGGGGAUGUGUGGAUCAAUGGGGUCAUGCCACCCCACCUGUGGUCGGUUGCUGAGGAGGAGCUACGCAAGAUCUAG